GGAGCCUGCGGUAGCGGAGGCGGCGAAGGGGCGGGAGAGUGCCCAGGCGUGACACAGCACGGCAGGCGGCCGUGUGUCCGUCGGUCCGUCCGUCCGUGCGUCAGUCAGUCGGGGCUGCGGAGCAGAGCUGCGAGCUGCGGGCUCCUCCCUCCUCCCCCCUCCCCUCCUCUCAUCCUCGCCGCCUGCCGCAGCCUCCGCCGCAGCCUCCGCCGCUGCCUGAGCUCUGCCCAGAGGCCCGGGUCCUCAGCCUCAGCCGCCACAGCGCCAGGAAGUCACGAUGUCUGACAAAAGUGACUUAAAAGCUGAGCUGGAACGAAAGAAACAGAGAUUAGCUCAGAUCAGGGAGGAGAAGAAACGAAAGGAAGAGGAGCGGAAAAAGAAAGAGGCUGACCUGCAGCAGAGGAAGGAGCCGACCCAAGAGGACUCCGACUUGGACCGCAAGCGGCGGGAGACCGAGGCCCUCCUGCAGAGUAUCGGCAUCUCCCCGGAGCCGCCGCUAGUCCCAACCCCCCUGUCUCCCUCCUCGAAAUCAGCGAGCACACCGAGCGAAGCCGGCAGCCAAGACUCUGGAGACCUGGGAGUGCUGAGCAGCUGCCUUAGGACCCUGCAGUGGGACACUGACCCCUCAGUGCUGCAGCUCCAGACGGACGCAGACGUUGGGCGCAGGCUGCACAAGCUGGGCGUGUCCAAGGUGACCCAAGUGGACUUCCUGCCCCGGGAGGUCGUUUCUUACUGCAAGGAGACGCAGACGCCGCUGGACACCCUCCAGUCCGAAGAGGACGAGGAAGACGAGGAGAUGGUGGAGGCCAAAGCGCGGCAGGACUCGGACCUGGAGCGUCCCGAGGAGAAGCAGGAGGUGAAGGAAGCCCCUCCGCGGGAGCUGACGGAGGAAGAGAAGCAGCAGAUCGUCCACUCGGAGGAGUUCCUCAUCUUCUUUGACAAGACCAUCCGCGUCAUCGAGCGCGCCCUGGCCGAGGACUCGGACAUCUUCUUCGACUACAGCGGCCGCGAGCUGGAGGACACGGACGGACCGUCCGUCGGUCCGUCCGUCCACCAGGAGAGCAUGGAGCUGGUGUACAACAAGUCGAAGGCCGUGGCCGUCACCGGCAUGGCGUUCCCCACGGGAGAUGUCAACAACUUCGUGGUGGGCAGCGAGGAGGGGACGGUCUACACGGCCUGCCGCCACGGAAGCAAGGCUGGCAUCGGAGAGGUCUUCGAAGGGCACCAGGGCCCCGUGACGGGCAUCAGCUGCCACACGGCCGUGGGCCCCGUCGACUUCUCCCACCUCUUCGUCACCUCGUCUUUUGACUGGACGCUCAAGCUGUGGAGCACCAAGCACAACCGCGCGCUCUACUCCUUCGAGGACAACGCGGACUACGUGUACGACGUCAUGUGGUCCCCCGCGCACCCCGCGCUCUUCGCCUGCGUGGACGGCAUGGGCCGCCUGGACCUGUGGGACCUCAACAGCGACACGGAGGUGCCCACGGCCAGCGUCGCCGUGGAAGGGGCCUCGGCCCUCAACCGGGUCCGCUGGGCCCACAGCGGCAAGGAGGUGGCCGUGGGGGAUUCGGAGGGGCGCAUCUGGGUCUAUGACGUCGGAGAGCUCGCCGUCCCCCACAACGACGAAUGGAGCCGCCUCGCGCGGACCCUGGUGGAGAUCCGGGCGAACCGGGCCGACAGCGAGGAGGAAGGCGGCGCCGAGCUGGCCGCCUAGCGGGGCGCCGCGCCCCGCCCCGCCCCGCCCCGCCCCGCCCCGCGGCUCCUAGUCCUCUGCAGUCCCGUAGCUCGAGCCGUCCCGAGCUCCAGGCCCGUGGCGGGGGCUGGAUCGGAGGCCGUGCCCGAGCCCGGCCUCCGCGGCAACUGCAGCCCGGCCUGCCCCGCAUGCACGGCACGCACCGCCCCCAGCCUGGCCCGAGUGGCCGCUUCCUGAACAUGACCCGGAAGUGCCAAUAAAACGGACAAAAGCA